AUGCUUUUCCUUACUCCACGACCAAGUUCCAAAUGCCUUCACAGUCUCAUAAGACCAAUAAUAUUCUUUUGCGACCGUUUCCACUUGGUUGAAGACAACGCCGACGAUGCUGACCGCCAACACGCCAUAUUUGAGAUCUACAAUCUCACGCGUGAGUCAGUUGUCGUGUAUCGGACGCUCGAGUCGUUGUUCUCGGCAACUGCGAGCGUUAUUGUGCUAAAAAGUCGAAUGGUUAGAGAUCGAAGACAAGAGUAUGACGACAAGCAGUAUAUAAGACAUGAAGCCAGGAUCAAGUUUUCUUUUGACGUUUCGGUCAUAUCGCGUGAAGUCCUCAUAGAUACUCUUCGUACAAAUCUUAUCGUAGGAAAUUUGACUGUAAACGGUUUCGAUGACUGGAUCCCCUGCGAUAGACAAUCAUAUAAUGUCUUGAUUGAUCCAUUGAUACCUGACGAGUUCUUGUCACGAGUCAAAAGGAAAGAAAAGCACCUUCGAACAUUUGCCGACGCAUUUGACAUAAAGCUAUUGAGUCAAACCAUUAAUGACGUAUUCAAAGGCAACCAAACGGCAGCAUUUGAUUGUCUAUUUCCUGGACCAAAGUUCACAGUUGAAAGAGACAGCGAACAGCCGCCUGUUGUUGCCUUUUCGAUUAAAAAGUAUUGGUUUGAAGAAGAUGUAUGUAAUCCUCUCAUUGAAGCUAUUAAUACGUUGAUUGAAGAUAGAAAGGCCGUAAUUAUUGAUGAUGAGAUAUUUGAUGCAUUCCCAUUGCUAGUAUUUAGAAUGGUGCAUGUUAUACAGGCACUCCAUCAUUUACACUUUUCAUACUGGCAACUGGCAAAUAUGAAUCCAAUGAUAAUGGCUUUCGUUCCUCGGAAACACUACCAAGUUAAAGAUAUAACUGACACACUUGAGAGACUUGAGAAAGCGGUAAGAAAUGUCUCGCUUGAUAGAUCCGAAGUUCAACUACAGGACCUCUCUACUGAGGCACAUAAGUUGGCCCAGUUUUCAAAAGAAGCCGCGGAAAGGUUAGAAGCCGAACGCAUUCGAUGGAGCAAGUUUUACAAGCCUGCAAACUAUGGACUAUCUGGAGUAGCAUGGACCUCAAUCGCAACAUUCCCAUUUCAAGCAUAUUAUACGUGGAAAAACGAUCGAGAAUCAUUUCUAAAGAUUUUCAGAGGAGCCGAAGGGGUAGUCACAACCGUUUUCUUCACUCUUAUUUUCUUCUUAGGCAUUUCAGUACAAGCAUCCAUAGACAACUUUGAUAUGGCUAUCAAAACGCAUGCAGAAGCUAUUCCGGUACAUACAAGAGCAUCCAUGGGACUACUUGCAUUCGAACAAUGUCUUCAUCAGAUAUCUAAUGUUAGUCACAUUCGUGUGUUAGUCGACGACAAUGAAUUCAAACACAGGAAAUUUCUACUGAGUUCUUUAUUUACUCAGUUGGCAAAUGCUUCGCUUGGAUUGAAGAACAAGUUGAACGAAUUGUAA